AAGCUGUGAUGAUGACAUUUUCAGUCUUCCUUCACUGAGCCUCAGGUCUGUUUUAAUUGUACCAUCACAGCUCAGAACGCUUCAGCACACAGAAGUUGAAGAGGGAGCGACACUUAAACGCGCAGCAGGAAUUUUACCCACCUCUCGUCCUAUUGUAAUAACAAUGCGCCUGUGCGUAUUGGUCACCCGGGCAGCGGCACUUCCUAAAUCUCCAUGAGAAAAAAAAAAAAGAAAGCCUCCUCGCCACCACCCCACCCGAAAGCGUCCCAGAGGGGGAACACAGCAGGUUUAUGGUAAUAAGUCUCUGAGGAGGAGAGAGGAGGAGGAGGUGGAGGAGGAGGAGAGCCGCGGAGCCAUUUUGUACUCAUUUUAAACUCAGUGUGUGUUUACGCAGCCGUGACGCGCCUGGACACACUGAUACUAUGGAUACCCAGCGUCUUUUUCCACGUUGAGAAAAACUUCACCAUGCGGGAGAAAAGUAAGACGCGGUGCUGGGAGAGGGAGACUUAAUGCUUUUCUUUACUUUUUUUGCGGAGGAGUUUCGGUGAAGUUGAACGGGAUUCGGCAGGUUUACAAGCAUGGAGCCGCCGAUGUGUUGCUGGGUUUGGGUUUGGGUUCUGUUCACCGUGCCGCCGCUCGCGGGAUGUUUGGAGAUGCACCUUUCGGAGACUUCACAGCCCGGGAGCCUUUUGGCCAACCUGUCGCUCGGCCCUGGGUGGACUUAUAAACUUGACAGGACUUUAUCUCCCAACUUCAUUCAGAGUUGUUUCCAAGUUGGGAGGCUCGACGGUGUUAUCCGCCUGUCCCACAAAGUUCAGUGUGCGCGCACACCCAGGAAUCCUGCGCCUGUUUAUUUCAGAACUGUCUCCUCCGCGUCCGGAGACGUUAUCCUGACGCAUUUUAAUGUGUUCGUUCACGGCCAGGACUGUUUUAUUAAAUACAAGAGAAAGAAAGCGUCAGGUGAGCCAGACAUUCAAAUAAAACACCUUUCAAAACUGGAGGCAACUUCCUGCUUACCUGCAGGUAUUCUAAUUUUGAAUGUAACAAAACUUUUACCCUCUUUCACGCAAAACACUGCCUUUUUGGAUACUGAGUGUGCAGGAAGAAACGUUGUCGGGGUGUUCAGGCACGGAGAUUUAUUCCUGGCUAGUGACUUGUGUCUUAAACACAGUGGACAGUCGGAGGAGAAGCUUCACUGCGCGCUGCACAGCUCUCCGGGCAGCGGGCUCUCUGUGCAGCUUCAUUUGACGCUCGUUAAAGCGCGCAAACAACACCAAAGCCCGUCAGAAAUCAUCCACAGACAGUCUGUUGUGCUGAUCAGAAGGGGAAAGCGGCAGGUUAAUUCAUCUCCCCAGUUUCAACUUCCCAACUAUCAGGUGUCUGUGCGUGAGAAUGAGCCCGCUGGGACGCGAGUUAUCACCCUAAAAGCAAAUGACCCAGAUGAUGGAGAAGCGGGGAGGCUGGAGUACAGCAUGGAAGCCUUGUUUGAUAAAAGGUCUGAUGACUUUUUCUACAUAGACUCACAGACUGGAAGCAUAACAACUAUCCAGGCUCUGGACAGAGAAGUCAAAGACACCCAUGUGUUCAAAGUUACUGUGACGGACAAUGGCACCCCCAAAAGAUCUGCCACUUCUUACCUCACUGUCACUGUAAGUGACACCAACGACCACACCCCUGUGUUUGAGCAAAAUGAAUAUCGAGUCAGCAUCCGAGAAAACGUAGAAGUGGGCUUUGAAGUUAAGACAGUCCGGGCCACUGACGGUGAUGCUCCCUCCAACGCCGACAUGAUCUAUAAAAUUGUGAAUGCAGACGAAGUCAACUCUGUGUUUGAAAUUGACCCCCGGAGCGGCCUGGUGAGGAUCAGAGAGCGGCCUGACAGGGAGACCCGGGCCCAGUACCAACUGAUCGUCGAAGCCAACGAUCAGGGGAAGGAGCCAAGUCCCCGCAGUGCCACCGCCACAGUUUACAUCACUGUGGAAGACGAAAAUGACAACUACCCACAGUUCACUGAAAAGAGGUACGUGGUGCAGGUCCCAGAGAACGUGCCAGUCAACACCAAAGUGAUCCAGGUGGAGGCGACGGACAGAGAUGAGGGAAACAAUGCCAAAGUUCACUACAGCAUCAUAAGUGGCAACGUUAAAGGGCAGUUCUACAUUCACUCCCCCACUGGUGUCAUUGAUGUCAUCAAUCCUCUUGACUAUGAAAUGAUUCGGGAGUAUAAUUUAAGGAUUAAGGCUCAGGAUGGAGGCAGGCCUCCGCUGAUAAACAGCACAGGGAUGGUGGUGGUGCAAGUGGUGGACGUCAAUGACAACACACCCAUGUUUGUCAGCACACCUUUCCAGGCUACAGUGCUGGAAAAUGUGGCCGUUGGUUACUCUGUCAUCCACAUUCAAGCCAUUGAUGCCGAUUCAGGGAAAAAUUCUCUCCUGGAAUACCGCAUUACCGACACCACGCCAGGUUUUCCGUUCACCAUCAACAACAGCACAGGCUGGAUUACAGUAAGUGAGCCGCUCGACAGGGAGGAAAUUGAAUUUUACACCUUUGGCGUGGAGGCGAGAGAUCACGGGACACCUGUGAGGUCCUCCUCUGCCAGUGUCAGCGUCACAGUGCUGGAUGUGAACGACAACACACCCACAUUCUCAGAGAAGACCUACUCACUGAAGAUCAACGAAGAUGCUGUGGUCGGCAGCAGUGUGCUGACAGUGACCGCUGUGGACAGGGAUGUUAACAGCAUGGUGACGUAUCAGAUCUCCAGCGGCAACACCAGGAACCGCUUUGCCAUCACUAGCCAGAGUGGCGGUGGCCUCAUCACCUUAGCCCUUCCCCUGGACUACAAGCUGGAACGCCAGUAUGUCCUGACAGUCACCGCCAGUGAUGGAACACUUUACGAUACCGCCCAGGUGUUCAUCAAUGUCACCGAUGCCAACACACACCGGCCUGUCUUCCAAAGCGCCAGCUACCACGUGUCUAUCAGUGAAGACAAACCAGUGGGCAGCACUGUGAUAGUGAUCAGUGCGACAGAUGAAGACACGGGGGAAAAUGCUCGUAUCACGUACGUAAUGGAAGACAAUGUUCCUCAGUUCGAAAUUGACCCAGAUACAGGUGCCAUCGUAACCAAAAUGGAGCUUGACUAUGAGGAUCAGGCCUCCUACACUUUAGCCAUCACUGCCAAAGACAAUGGCAUCCCCCAGAAAUCUGACAUCACUUAUGUAGAGAUCAUCAUCAGUGAUGCCAAUGAUAAUGCUCCUCAUUUUCUCAGAGACAUCUACCAGGGGAGUGUUCUUGAGGAUGCACCUGUCUACACUAGUGUGCUCCAGAUCUCUGCUUCAGACAGAGAUAGUGGAUCAAACGGCAGGGUGACCUAUACAUUUCAAGGUGGGGAUGACGGUGACGGGGAUUUUCACGUAGAGCCUCACUCUGGCAUCGUCAGAACCGCUCGCAAGCUGGACCGGGAAAACGUUCAUGUUUAUAACCUGAAGGCUUUUGCCGUGGAUAAAGGUGUUCCGCCUCUGAAAGCUGCUGUUUCUAUUCAUAUUGUAGUCCAAGACAUAAAUGACAAUGCUCCAGUGUUUGAGAAGGAUGAGCUUUUUAUUGACGUGCAAGAGAACAGCCCAGUGGGAUCAGUCGUGGCCCAGAUCACUGCCACAGACCCCGAUGAUGGCACUAAUGCUCAGAUCAUGUAUCAGAUCGUAGAAGGAAAUAUUCCAGAAGUGUUCCAGCUGGAUAUUUUCAAUGGAGACCUCACUGCACUCACAGACUUGGAUUAUGAGACCAAAACUGAGUAUGUCAUAGUCGUUCAGGCCACAUCAGCACCGCUAGUGAGCCGUGCUACUGUGCACAUCCGCCUAGUAGACAUGAAUGACAACGAACCAGUGCUGCACAACUUUGAGAUUCUCUUUAAUAACUAUGUCACCAACAAGUCCAACAGUUUUCCAUCUGGAAUAAUAGGAAAGGUUCCGGCUCAUGACCCGGAUGUGUCGGAUAAACUGCGCUACAAGUUUGAGUCUGGAAAUGAGCUAAGUCUGCUGCUGUUGAAUGAAGAAACUGGGGAUCUGAGGUUGAGCAGGGAUUUGGACAAUGACAGGGCUCUGGAAGCACCCAUGACUAUUUCUGUUUCAGAUGGUAUCCAUCGUGUUGUUGCCCUCUGCACACUGCGGGUCACUAUCAUCACUGAUGACAUGCUGACAAACAGCAUCACGGUUCGUCUGGAGAACAUGUCCCAGGAGCGUUUUCUAUCUCCCCUGCUCAGCCUCUUUCUUGAGGGAGUGGCGGAUGUACUCUCCACCAAGCGGGAAGCAGUGUUUGUGUUUAACAUCCAAAACGACACCGACGUCCAAGGCUCCAUCCUCAACGUAACCUUUUCGGCGCUGCAGCCCGGAGGGGCUCCUGGUAAAGGCAUGUUCUUCCCAUCUGAGGAGCUGCAGGAGCAGAUCUACCUCCACAGGACUCGACUCAGGCUCAUAUCCACUCAAGAGGUGUUGCCGUUUGAUGAUAACAUCUGCCUACGGGAGCCCUGCGAGAACUAUAUGAAGUGUGUAUCAGUGCUGAAGUUUGACAGCUCCCCUCCCUUCAUCGCCUCUGACACGGUUCUGUUUCGACCUAUCCACCCCAUCAACGGGCUGCGCUGCCGCUGCCCGGUCGGUUUCACCGGAGAAUACUGUGAGACCGAGAUCGACCUCUGCUAUUCAGGGCCCUGCAAGAACAACGGGAGGUGUCGGAGCAGAGAGGGCGGUUAUACCUGCGAGUGCCUGGAGGACUUCACAGGCGAGCACUGUGAGAUUAAUGCAUCAUCAGACCGCUGUGUACCAGGUGUGUGCAAGAAUGGUGGUACGUGCAUCAACCGGCUUGCAGGUGGUUUCAUGUGCGAGUGUCCACCCGGGGAGUAUGAGAAGCCCUACUGUGAGAUGACCACCCGCAGCUUUCCUGGACAGUCCUUCAUCACCUUCAGAGGCCUGCGGCAAAGGUUCCACUUCACCGUCUCCUUCAUGUUUGCUACCAGGGAAAGAAACGCCCUGCUCCUCUACAACGGCAGGUUCAACGAGAAACAUGACUUCAUCGCCCUGGAGAUCAUCGCUGAACAGAUUCAGCUCACCUUCUCUGGAGGUGAGACAAAGACCACAGUGGCUCCCUACGUCCCGGGUGGAGUCAGUGACGGUCAGUGGCACUCAGUCCAGCUCCAUUACUACAACAAGGACGGGUGGAGUCUGGUGGACUCCAGCGGAGCUCUGCGGCUCCCUCUCUAUACCGCCUGGCUGGAGCUCAAUAAGAAGGAGCCUAAAAUGGUGAGCGUGGGGAACCCUUUUGGACCGUCCGGAGAAAAAGUGGCUAUGGUCGCCAUUGACGAUUGUGACAUAUCCAUGGCGAUCCGCUUCGGAAAGCAGAUCGGGAACUACUCCUGUGCCGCGCAGGGUACCCAGAUUGGACAGAAGAAAUCACUGGACUUGACAGGGCCGCUGUUACUGGGUGGGGUUCCCAACCUGCCAGAGGAUUUCCCAGUCAGGAACAGGAACUUUGUAGGCUGCAUGAGAAACUUGCGCAUCGACAGCAAGCCCAUCGACAUGGGCAGCUUCAUUGCUAACAACGGCACCACAGAAGGGUGUCCAGCAAAGAAAGACUUUUGCACAAAUGGUGUGUGUCAAAACGGAGGCACGUGCGUCAGCAAGUGGAACACUUACAUUUGUGACUGCCCUACUGGUUACGGUGGCAAGAACUGUGAGCAAGUGAUGCCAUCACCUCAGUUCUUUGGCGGAGAGGCACUGGUGUCUUGGAGCAACCCGGACAUCACUGUUGCUGUUCCCUGGUAUAUUGGCCUAAUGUUCCGCACCCGGCGUCCUGCUGGCACCCUGAUGCAGGUCAAUGCUGGGCCUUCCUCUACCAUCAACCUCAUGGUGAGUGAGCAGCGGGUCCAUAUGGAAGUGUUGCUGAGGCACCAAUUGGUGGCAUCGCUGAGCUUUCCUCAAGUGCGUGUCAAUGACGGGGAGUGGCACCACUUGCUGAUUGAACUGAAAAGCAUCAAAGAUGGCAAGGAAAUCAAAUACAUGGCAGCUGUCUCUCUGGACUACGGCAUGUAUGAGCAGAAGUCAGUCGAGAUCGGCAAUGACCUCCCAGGCCUCAAGCUGCAAACUCUUCAUAUUGGAGGUUUGCCCGGGGAGAGAAACGAUGUCAUCAAAGGAUUUGUUGGCUGCAUACAGGGUGUGCGUAUGGGUGAGACAUCCAACAACGUGGCCAAUGUGAACAUGGCUCAGGGCCUGAAGAUCCGUGUGGAAAACGGCUGUGAUCUGGCUGACCCGUGCGACUCCAACAUCUGCCCAGAGAAUAGCCAGUGCAUUGACGACUGGAGCACACACACCUGUGCUUGCGACCCAGGCUACUUUGGGAAACAGUGCGUGGACGCUUGUAAGCUCAACCCCUGUGAGCACGUUUCCACGUGCGUCCGCAAACCAAGCUCCUCCCACGGCUACACCUGCGAAUGUGGACAAAAUUACUUCGGCCAGUACUGUGAAAACAAAGUGGAAGAGAAAUGUCACGAGGGCUGGUGGGGCAGUCCCAUGUGUGGACCGUGUAACUGUGACACAAGCAGAGGAUUUCAUAAAAACUGCAACAAGACCACCGGGGAGUGCCGCUGCAAGGAUAAUCACUAUCGUCCAGAGGGAGAGGACGCUUGUUACCCCUGCGACUGUUUCCCUAUAGGCUCUGAGUCUCGAACCUGCGACCCCAUCACUGGGCAGUGUCCCUGCAAGGGAGGAGUUAUCGGUCGUCAGUGCAACCAGUGCGAUAAUCCCUUCGCUGAAGUCACUCCCACUGGAUGCGAAGUGGUGUAUGAGGGCUGCCCAAAGGCCUUUGAUUCUGGCAUCUGGUGGCCCAAGACAAAAUUUGGACGCCCUGCUGCUAUGAAAUGUCCCGAAGGAUCUUUUGGCACUGCCAUCCGCCACUGUAGUGAUGAGAAGGGCUGGCUGGCACCUGAGCUCUUCAACUGCACCACCGUUGCCUUCACACAUCUGAAAAAACUGAAUGACGAUCUCCGCCGCAACAGUUCAAGGAUGGACAGCGAACGCUCCAAGACCAUUGUGCGUUUGCUUCAAAGUGCCACCAAUAACACGUCACAUUACUACGGCAAUGACGUGAAGAUGGCCGCCCAGCUUCUGAAUUAUGUUCUGCAGUACGAAAGCCGCCAGGCCGGGUUUGAUCUCACCGCCAUGAAGGAUGCAGAGUUUAAUGAGAACUUGGUGCGAGCAGGCAGCGCCAUACUGGAUCCCAACACCAAGGACCACUGGGACCAAAUCCAAAGGACAGAGAGCGGGACCGCACAUUUGCUCCGAAACUUUGAGGACUACGCGAGCACGCUGGCACAGAAUGUCCGGAAAACCUACCUGAAGCCCUUCACCAUCGUCACUGAAAACAUGAUUCUAACUGUGGACUACUUGGAUGUGUCGAACCCAGAGAGGGCGACAUUUCCUCGCUUCCGGGAAAUCCAGGAGGCCUACCCCAAAGAGCUCGGGUCUUCUGUCCGCUUCCCACAGUUUAAUAUCGGUACUCAGGGAAACAAAGCAGAGCCCACUCCUGCCCCUCCAGCUCAGACAGAAGCUGUCCUAGAGGAGGAGCACACAGUUUCAGAUAGGAAACGCCGCCAUCUCGAGCCACCUGCCCCUCUGCCUGUUGCUGUGGUGAUAGUGUACAAGUCGCUGGGAAAGCUCCUUCCUGAAAGAUACGACGCAGACCGCAGGAGUCUGAGAGUCCCCAACCGUCCGGUGAUCAACACAGCCAUCGUGAGCGCCACGAUCCACAGCGAAGGUCAGCCUCUUCCUACCGUCCUGGACCCCCCGGUCAUCUUGGAGUACACCCUGCUGGAGACAGAGGAGCGAACCAAACCCGUCUGCGUGUUCUGGGACCACUCAGUCGGGAGUGGAGGCGCAGGCGGCUGGUCCUCUAAAGGCUGCGAGGUGCUCAACAGGAACAACACCCACAUUAGCUGUCAGUGUAACCACAUGACCAGUUUUGCUGUGUUGAUGGACAUUUCCAAAAGAGAGCACGGCGAUGUCCUGCCUCUGAAGAUCGUCACGUACACCACAGUCUCCGUGUCCCUGUUUCUUCUCCUGAUCACCUUCAUCCUGCUGUGCCUCUUGCGCAGGCUCCGUACCAACCUCCACGCCAUCCACAGGAACCUGGUGGCAGCGCUCUUCUUCUCCGAGCUUGUCUUCCUCCUGGGCAUCAACCAGACUGACAAUGUGUUUGUGUGCACCGUGAUCGCCAUCCUCCUCCAUUACUUCUACAUGUGCACCUUUGCCUGGAUGUUCGUGGAGGGGCUGCAUAUCUACCGCAUGCUGACCGAGCUGCGGAACAUCAACUACGGUCACAUGAGGUUCUACUACGCCAUGGGCUGGGGCAUACCGGCUAUCAUCACUGGUUUGGCAGUUGGCCUCGAUCCUCAGGGUUAUGGAAACCCAGAUUUUUGUUGGCUUUCUGUCCAUGACACACUCAUCUGGAGCUUUGCAGGGCCCAUCUUUGUAGUCGUGCUGGUGAACAUAGUGAUCUUUGUUCUCGCUGCCAAGGCUUCCUGUGGUCGGAGACAGAAGGCUGUAGAGAAGUCAGGAGCUAUUCCUGCCCUACGUAUGGCCUUCCUCCUCCUGGUGCUCAUCAGUGCCACCUGGCUGCUCGGUCUAAUGGCAGUCAACAGCAAUGUAAUGACUUUCCAUUACCUGUUUGCUGUCUUCAGCUGCUUGCAGGGAGUCUUCAUUUUCUUGUUCCAUGUGGUCUUCAACAAAGAGGUGAGGAAAAACCUCAAGAACAUCUUCAAGGGAAAGAAGAGCAUACAAGACGAGUCCAGCACCACGAGGGGCUCUUUGCUAACACGCUCUCUCAACUGCAACAACAUGUACACAGAGGACGGCGCAGUGUACCGUUCAGGCAUUGGCGAGUCUACCGUCUCACUGGACAGGUCAGCCAAGAGCCGCAGUAGCUACCUGGCUUACACACUCAGGGAGGAGUCUGGUCAGAAGCCCAGUGGCUCUUCAGGAACAGCUAAAGGCCACACGGACCUGGAUGGACCUCUGUUCCAUAGAAAUGGCACCAAAGGAGAUGACUCUGACUCAGACAGCGAGCUUUCAGUAGAUGAACACAGCUCCUCCUAUGCCUCCUCCCACUCCUCCGACAGCGAGGAUAAUGAUAUUGAUGUCAAGCCAAAGUGGAACAACGAGAGGCCUCUUCACAGCACUCCAAAAGCAGGGCAAUCAACAUCUAAUCACGUGAAGCCUUACUGGCCAACAGAUGCCAUUACAGCCAGUGACAGCGAGGACCCCGGUGGGACAGAGAGGCUGAGGGUGGAGACCAAGGUGAACGUGGAGCUGCACCCAGAGAACAAGCUCAACCACGUUGGUGAAAGAGAGAGGGAGGCUCUGCAGGAGAGAGAGAGACAGACUCCUACCAGUAUGAAAGACUCAGCGCCUGCCAGUCAGCCUAACAGCAACCACCAGCCAGAGCAGAGAAAAGGCAUCUUGAAGAACAAGAUCAGCUACCCUCCUCCGCUGACCGACAAGAACAUGAAGAACCGUCUGAGGGAGAAGCUGAGCGACUACAACUCGCCCACCAUCACCUCCCCUCCCCCCAACAACAACAACACCACCUCCCCAGCCCCUCCCUCCGUCAACAUCAUGACCCCGUCGUCCCGGACGCCUUCGUUGGAGGCCAACGAAGGAAGCCGACUCGGCAACCACGAGAGCGGCUCCCCCAUCAAACCGCCUGUCGCCCCACGACCUCAGAUUCCUCCAGGGGGUAUCUACCGGGAGACAAAUGGCGGAGUUGCCAUGCACUUGAAGUCUGGGACGGUCAACGGAGGCAAUGAGUCAGACUCAGAUGGCAGUAACGAGACUUCGAUCUGACCUGUUAGGCAAACCCAGACCAGCCUGCCUUUAUGAGAGGAGGAGCUAAACAACCUGCCAGGUCGGGGCUGAGGGGACCAAGAGUCGAGGAACAUGAAAGGAAAAGUUGCAAGAUGGAGAGGUGUUAAAGGAUGGAUGAAGAGAAGCCUGAUCCUGUCAGCAUCGCCGCUCCCGUCAUGUUUCCUUUCUCGGGCGAGCAGUAUUAAUUGCAGACGUUAGGACUGCCUUAGAUGAGAAAAUAAGCAGAGAUGUGAGCGAUAACAAAGGGAAUGCUGUGCUGGACUGUGUAAAGACACGGUUGAGCCACGUGUGCCAAAACCACUAAUGGAAAUCAUUAGGAAGAGUCGGAAGAUGAAGAAUGACACCCAGAAUGCAUUGUGGGCCCUAACAUGAAGCUCUUCUCUAGUGUUGGCGAGGAGCACAUCGUUAUGUUCUGUUUCUUUAGGUGAAGUUAGCAAAGUGUCAGAUGUAAUAAUCACUGUUCACGAACCUCUAAAGGCUGGUACCGUCACAGUAAAAUGAUUUCAAAGACUGCAGGUCCCUCAGAUGUCUCACACACACAUGCUCCAGUUCAUGCUGGGCAGAGCUAUGAAACACAAAGUGCUUUUCUUUUUUGUUUUAAUUAAAGAAAGGCUUCCACAGCCUCUCGGUGCAGUGUAUUUAGAGUGUAAGUAACAUGUAGAUAAUUUUAAAAAGUGAAGAAGAAAUGAUCUAUUUUCUAUGUCAGUUUUAGCAAGAACACAGUAGUG